AUGGCUGUUCCUCGUGUGUGCACCUGUGGCUGCUGGACGGUCAUGGUUGUGGGCGGUUGUAGCCAUUCGUCGAUGGUGGUCAUAGGCGGUCAUAGCCAUUCGUCGAUCCUGGUGGUGGCCCUGUGGAUGUUAGUGGGCACUUGUUGUCGUCCAUCGAUCCUGGUGGUGGGCCCUCAUGGCUAUUCGUCAAUGGUGGGAGUCGGCCCUCAUCGCUGUUCAUGGGCAGUCAUCGCCAUUCCUCAAUCAUGGUGGUGGCCAAUUGUCGAUGGUCGUGGUGGGCAUUUGUUGUGUUUCAUGGGGGUUGUGAGAAGAGACUGGUAG